AUGUUCUCGUUGCUCUGCCAUCUCGCUUCAGCCUUUGUUGGCGCCCUUAUUCCAGUGUUUUAUUCCUACAAGACGAUAAAGAAACCUACUCAGAAGAUGCUGUCUUACUGGUCCAAGUACUGGGCCGUAUUUGGCUCAUUUCUUGCUGUGGACGCUGUGCUGGACUCGAUUUUUAUCAGCUACUUCAUCCCAUUCUAUGAAUUUGGAAAGCUCCUCUUUCUGCUUUGGGCUGUGAAUCCGUACACAGCGGGAGCUCAGUUUGUAUUCGAUAAGGUACUCGCACCAUUUAUUAAGCGUCACGAAAAGAAGAUGGAUGUCUACGUUGAUACCAUGGUCGACAACGUCAUGACGCAUGGUCCAGAAUUGGCUGUUACGGCUGGGGUGACAGUAUGGAACAUCGCUAGAAACCUCCAUGCAUUAUCUCAAAUUAGAGCAGAUAGGCUUGGUCGUGCUAUCAUGCAGAGCGAACAGACGGUAGCUAUCGAAGAGGUUUUGACCGACGAUGAAGUGCAGAAAAAACCUUUGCAAGCUGCUGCGCCUGCACCAGAGCAAAGUCAUCCAGUGGAAGUCAAAGCUGAGCGGCAAGAUUCCGAUGAUGAAGUGAUCUUCGUUAAUCCUCAUCAGCAUGAGGAAGGACGCACUUCGAAGUCAUCAAUGUCGUCGAAAACACCAAUGCCGACCAAACGGGUACUGUCUGCUUUCCUGGGUUGUAAAAGUUCACUAAUUCUUAGAUGA